GUUUUCGGGCGGGUGACCCUGACACACUCUUGAAAAAUUUAAAAAUUGGGUAUUAGUCUUUUUGUGAGGCAGUGGAAGCGAAGACUCCAGAAACAGAGAGCCAGCGAUGGAGAGGAAGAGGUGCUUCUUGAACAUCAGCAUCGGAGGGGAACUUGAAGGCAGGAUUGUUGUGGAGCUCUAUAACGACGUCGUUCCUCAAACCACCGAGAAUUUCAGGGCUCUUUGCACUGGCGAGAAGGGCAUUGGCCCCAAUACUGGUGUCCCGCUCCAUUACAAGGCAUACAUAUCUGUAUAUAUAUGUCUGUAUCUGGGGUUCAAGGGGUGCCGCUUUCAUCGAGUGAUUAAAGGGUUUAUGGUGCAAGGUGGAGAUAUAUCUGCAGGAGAUGGUACUGGGGGAGAAUCUAUAUAUGGACAGAAAUUUGAGGAUGAAAAUUUUGAGCUAAAACAUGAAAGGAAAGGCAUGUUAUCCAUGGCCAACUCAGGCUCUAACACCAAUGGGUCUCAAUUUUUCAUCACAACAACCCGCACCUCUCAUCUAGAUGGAAAACAUGUUGUGUUUGGGAAGGUUGUUAAAGGAAUGGGAGUUGUUCGCUCAAUUGAGCAUGUUACAACUGGCGAUGGUGAUUAUCCCGCUGUGGAUGUAGUAAUUGACGAUUGUGGAGAAAUUCCAGAGGGGACAGAUGAUGGAAUCAGUAAUUUCUUAAAAGAUGGUGAUGACUAUCCUGAUUGGCCUGCUGACCUAGAUGAGAGUCCUAAUGACCUCUUGUGGUGGAUGGAGGCUGUAGAAUCUAUCAAGGCUCAUGGAAAUGAACAUUUCAAGAAACAAGAUUACAAAAUGGCUCUUAGAAAGUACAGGAAGGCUUUGCGCUAUCUGGAUAUCUGUUGGGAAAAGGAAGGGAUUGAUGAAGAGAAGAGUUCUUGUUUGAGACAGACUAAGUCAGUUAUAUUCACCAAUAGCUCUGCUUGUAAAUUAAAGCUGGGGGAUCUGAAAGGAGCACUACUAGAUGCAGAUUUUGCAAUACGUGAUGGAGAAAACAAUGUUAAAGCUUUGUUUCGUCAAGGGCAGGCUUACAUGGCACUAAAUGAUGUUGAUGCUGCACUUGAAAGCUUCAAAAAGGCAUUGGAUUUGGAGCCAAAUAAUGGUGGAAUUAAAAAAGAGCUUGCUGCCGCUAAGAAGAAGAUUGCGGAUAGACGUGAUGAGGAAAAGAAGAGAUAUCGCAAAAUGUUCCAGUAGCACUUGUUGUCACUCGGUUGCUUGUAUCCCAUUGUGAAAUGGUUUCUGGAUUUCCAUUUUUACGAGCUCUGUUAUUUUGAGGGAUGAGGUAUUGUUAAGCCUCUGCUUCUCGAGACAGUCCUUGAGCAUGUACUUGUGAUAGACCCAGAAUAUAUUU